AUGGAGACUUCGCAUCCUGAAGACCAAGCUUCGGGUUCUCAAGUACACCAGGAACAGUACACAGAGUGUCCUAUGGAAGGUUGCGGCGAGGUGCUCUCCUUGACCGAAAUCGAUUUUCACAUUGAACUGCACGUUGAGGAACAGCGGCAGAGUGCAACUGACUCGACCAGCCGCCAUUCAGGCAAUGGUACACCGAGGGCCGAAUCCAGCCGCCACGCUGUUAGUGAUCCCGUGGAGGAUAGGCAGAGAAGUUCCAUCCAGCAAUGGGGACAAAUUUUGUCGAUGCCGGCGUCCAACAAGCGGGGGAUCGAAGGAGAGAAACGUCUGGGAAAGGCAGAACUGGGAAAGUAUGCACACGAGCAUUCAAUGCCCGACUGGCUCAUUGCUCUUCUUCAUAAAGGCGGCGAGGUCACAAGCGAUGGGGUAAUCUCAGUACUCGAACAACUUCUCCGCCAGAGCAAGUCGACGGAGUAUGCAUAUCUCUGCCACCCUGCCGUUCAGCAUGUAUCGAAGCUCAAGAGAGAGGGUAACGGAAAACUGCUGAGACGACGCCGAUCAGGAGCUCACUCGAGAACAGGUGGUUUUUGCGGCUACCGUAACAUCCAAAUGAUGGUUUCGUACAUCAACGGCGCCAGUGGUCACGGCAAAGACCAGUUUCAGGGACGCCUGCCAACUAUAUUCGAAAUUCAGGAGUACAUCGAGAAGGCCUGGGACAUGGGCAUCAACGCCCAAGGCCGUCUCGAGACUGGCGGGAUCAAGGGGACUCGCAAGUACAUCGGCACUCCAGAGGCUCAAGCACUCUUCGUCAGUCUUCAGAUCCCAUGUACCGCUCAAGGUUUCAAGGACCCGGAACCUGGGAGAUCAGAGGCGAAACUCGUGUACACCGUCGAGCAGUAUUUCAGGCAAGGGUUGCACGGGCAGCCCGCCAAGGUGACAUGCACACAGCUUCCGCCUAUCUACUUCCAGCAUGCCGGCCACUCCUUGACGAUUGUUGGCUUCGAGAAACAAAAGAAUGGCCCGGCUAACCUGCUCGUCUUUGACCCCAUGUUCCGCGAUCCUCCGGCACUUGCACGGCUCAUAGGACAGACAUUCAAGCACAGGUCCGCCGAUGAAUCCCUAAAGCCCUACCGCCGCGGUUCCAAAUAUCUGCGCCGGUUUCGUGAGUUCGAGAUCCUGAGUAUGGACGUUGCGUCACAGGCUCGAUGGAUCGCCAUCCGAUCCUGCACAGGGUAG